GAUGCGUGAGCCGUUGCGAUGCUCUCGAUGCUCUGACUGAGAUAGGUCUAAAACAUGCGUUUUUUCCUCUUUCGUCUUAGGCCCCGUUCGUACACCUCCUCCGGGAGGACUGGUUUUUCGGCCGUACUGCCCCGGUCCAUCAUCGGAAAUUGGGGGGACUCAUCUCUGUUUUGUCGUAUCUUACCACCCCGGCCAGAGACAGAGAUGAGUGAGUGCGCGGCACAGCGCUGCGACAUGGUGGUGGGGAUCUGCCUAUAUUUAUCGAUACAAACAAUGCUAUCAGCAUGCAGUGCGAGAUCUAGCUUCCUCCGGUGAAUAUCGGGGCCUGAUUUUUGUUCGGAUUUGGAUUUUGGUGUUUCAGUUCUGAAAGUGUGACAAUUUGUGAGUUUGAAAAUGAAGAUUUUCGUGGUUUUGGCUUGCAUAGCCGUCGCAUCGGGUCGUCCGGAACCUCCGGUUCAGGGAUACAACUAUUCGCCACGUGUGGUUAAUGGAGGCUCGGGAGGUGGCGGCGGACAUUCUGGUGGUGGAUCAUCCGUUCAAAUUACCCCAUCAAUCCAGCUGGCUACGAUUUCUGCUGGAGGUAACUCAGGUCUCGGUGGUCAUAUUGGUGGUGGUGGUGGUGCUGCCUCCUACAGCUCCGGUUCUAGCGGAGGUAGCUUCGGAGGUGGUGCUUCCUAUAGCUCCGGUGGCUCCAGUGGAAUUGGUGCCGGUUUCGGAGGUGGUGCUACUGUGCUGCAGGCCGUCCCUGCUGUGCAGUUCGUAAGCACUGGCCAUUCAUCGGGAGGAAGCGCCGGAUUCGGAGGAUUCGGUGGAAGCUCGGGCUUCGGUGGUAGCUCCGGUUUUGGUGGAAGCUCCAACUUUGGCGGUGGCUCUGGAUUCGGAGGAUUUGGUGGAUUCAGCGGUUUUUCGGGAGGAUUUGAUGGAGCUGGAUUGGGAGUGGUAGGACUAGGAGGUGGAUCUGAGUUGGGAGGUGCCGGAUUCGGAGGAGUUGGACUUGGAGGAGGUGCCGGUGGUUUCGGAGGUGGACUUGGUGGUGGAUUAGCAAGUGCCGGAGGCCAUGGAGGAUUGGGAGGUGCCGGAGGUCAUGCAGCAGCCGGUCAAGCUGUUAUCCAGAAGCACAUCUACGUUCACGUCCCACCACAGGAGCCAGAGGAAGCUCACGCCCAGCAGAUCCUUGCAACUGGAGCCCCAAGAAAGCACUACAAAAUCAUCUUCAUCAAGGCACCAAGCGUGCAGCCUUCGGCCGCCCAAAUCGCCGUCCAGCAGGCACAGCAACAGGAGAAGACCAUCGUGUACGUCCUGGUGAAGAAACCUGACGAUCAGGGUGAUAUCAACAUCCCGUCGCUGCCUGCCCUGGCACCAAGCAAACCAGAGGUUUACUUCAUCAAGUACAAGACCAACCGUGCGGGAGGCGCUGGAGCCGGUGGUGUCAUCGGAGGUUCGAUCGGAGGUGGUGAUGCCCUCGGUGGAGGUUCUCUCGGCGGUGGUUCUCUUGGCGGUGGUGCUCUUGGAGGUGGCGAUCUUUCUGGACAAUUCUUGAGCGGUGCUACACUGGGAGGUGGUUCCCUGGGUGGUGGAUCUCUUGGCGGAGGAUCCAUUGGAGGUGGCUCGCUCGGUGGAGGAGCUUCACUCGGAGGAAUUUCAUUCGGUGGAGCGUCUAGUUCGUCGGGUUCCAGCAUCGGGUACGAGUCCGGCAGCUCGCUGGGAUCAUCUUCUGGCGGUGGCCUCACACUAUCCAUUGGCGGGGGAUCAUCUUCGUCGUCGAGUAGCGGUGGAACCGGUCCCAAUGGCCAAUAUGGUCUCCCAAGUGAACAGCAGCAGGGCUAUCCAUAAACCCAUCCACCAGCCUCCCCCAAGCAGAAAGGAAAUUCCCCUCCGAGCACUUCGGGCGUCGAUAGAUACCGACGCGACCGACGCAACGCCCGCAUAAAAAUGCUUUAAAACUAGUCUAAAUGAAAUAUGUGCAGUGGCGGGGGUUUUUCCUAGAAGCAAGUGACCCUUCCCCCACUUCAGGAAACCGGACCCAACGCUGUGACAAUUGAAAAUGCUCGCGCCGGGUGGCCAUCUUUUUUUUUAACGGUGACAAAUGAAGAAAGAUGGCUCUCGAGAUGUGUCAAACUGCCGAACUGUGCUCACGUUUUUCUGCUACGAUAAAAACAUGUGUGUGAAACUAGUUUAAUUUAGAACCAAUUUAAUGAACCCCGCGACUCCACAACUGACAAUGUUUUCGCUGUUAAAUUAUUGAUCCUAGAAAGUGAGAUUGAAGACAGAAGGUGAAAUGGAUGUGCUCUUGGGUUAGAACAUUUCCAGAACUUGGAAGCUAGAUUAAUGAGAGAAAAUCAUAUUGUUGUUUAUAGUUUUUAGUGUCAUGCGUAAUGCUAAAUAUAUACAAGCGAUUUUA